CAGCGCAUCGCGCGAGCUCGCGAGCGCGACGCGGGCGAGAGAAACGCGCGCGGAGGACGUCGCGGCGCGCGCGCGCGCGAGCCGCGAUGUCGAGCGCGGGCGCGGGCGCGGGCGCGGGCGCGGGCGCGGACGACGUGUUGGACGCGCGCGAAACGCUGGCGGACGGAGGUAAACGCCUCGCGCGCGCGCUCAGGGGACCGUUCGCGCGCGCGCAGCCGCACUGGAAGUCGUUCGCGCAGUUGACGUUCGCGUGUCCGACCGCGUCGGAGGUGCCGGGGCGGAUGAAGAAGAAUUUGCAACAGUUUGGAUACUGCUACGUCAGCCUGGCGGCGGCGCUGGCGGCGUAUAACGCGCUCUCGCGCGCGCUCCUCGCGGUGAUGCUCGCGGGAGCGUUCAUCGGACAUCAUUACGUCACGCGCGUUCGACGGGCGCCGAUCGAGAUCGGUGGGCGAGUCUUCGGCGCGAAGACGCAGGGCGUCGCGUGCGCGGCGGCGACGGCGAUUUUCUUUUGGAAGUUUAUCACCGACGUGUUUUUCAGCGCCGCGUCCGUGGCGCUCGCGUUCGCGGCCGCGCACGCGGUGAUGCGCGUGCCGGAACCGAAGACGGACGAGGACGAGGGCGAGAUUCCGUUGUUGCGCGAUUUCGCCGCCGCGUACAGGGAGAGCGGCGCCGACGACUACGUCCCGCCGCAAGUCUCAUCCACGGUUCGCGGUCUGUUCGCCUCCGUCUUCGCGCGCAAGUGA